UGUUUGUUGUCAGUCGACGCGCGUUCAUCUCGUCUCAUCCGCCUCGUGCGCUCGCGUCUCUUAGCUGUGAUGUGGAAUUAAAUGAUUAUUAUUUAUCUAUUUGUUUUUGUGUGUGCAAUAUAGUGUUUGUUCUAGUGUGUGUGAAAAAUGCCCCAAAAUGCAGCGAACGCAUGGGAAUAAGGACAAACCGGAGGAUAAGAAUAACAACGGCCGAAGCUGGAGCGAGCAGGAUAGCGGCUGUCAUCAGCGCCUCUUCCUGUGCAUUGCCAAGGCUGUGAAACAAUUCAUUGAUCUCUGCAACAAUCUGGGUGCUAACUGCAGCACGACGACAUCCACAUCUCCGUCAGUUUCCUCCUCCUCAGCCAGCAGUACGCAGAACUUAAUAGGGGUUGUGCCGCCACAGUUACAACAGCAGCUGCAGGUGCAAUUACCACCGCCAGCUGGUGGGGGAGAAGGUGGAGGUGGUGCGGCGCCUGUGAGGCGGCACAUAUCGCAUACGACAGCCGUUAAGUUUCUGUACGCCCGUAAAUUUGAUAUACCGCGAGCGGUCUCACUGUACGAGCAGCAUGAACAGAUCCGCCUGAAGGAGGAUCUCUAUAACAUUGAUCCGGAUGUGGAGCCUUUGCGCUCCGAGCUGCAGACCGGCAAGUUCACAAUCCUGCCCGCUCGCACUUCCAGUGGGGCUGCCAUCGCCCUCUUCACCGCCAAUCGACACAGUCCGCUGAGCGUUUCGCAUAGGACCACGCUACAGGGCAUCGUCUAUCAGCUGGACAGUGCGCUUCAGGACUCGGAGACACAGCGCGCCGGCCUCGUCUUUAUCUACGACAUGAGCGGCUCCAAGUAUUCAAACUUUGACUACGACCUCUCCCAGAAGAUUCUCACGCUGCUGAAGGGCGGCUAUCCGGCGCGUCUAAAGAAAGUACUGAUCGUGACGGCUCCACUGUGGUUCAAGGCACCCUUCAAGAUCCUGCGUCUGUUUGUGCGCGAGAAGCUGCGCGAGCGAGUGUUCACUGUAUCGGUGCCUCAAUUGGCGCUGCACGUGCCGCGCAAGGCGCUGCCCAUUCACUUGGGUGGCACGCUGGAGGUCGAUCACGCCACAUGGUUGCACAGCUGCCGCCAAUCGAUGACGAAUCGUGAGGACGAGCUGCUGGCCAAUAUCGUGGGUGUGGGAGGAUCUGGUUCUGCAACUGGAUCAGCGGCAGUGGUGGCCACCAAUGGCACGGAAACAGAGGCCGCAACAACGGGAGCCACGAUAAUCAGCGCCGUCCAUCAAUUGGGCGAUAAUAAUACCACCGUGGUGACGGUUAGCAAUGGUGUGGGUCCAGCUGGAACGGCGGCUGGAGGAGCAACUGCAGCAGCAGCAGCAGCAGCAGCAGUAAGCUGUAGUGCCGAGCCCAACGAAAACAUCACAAUCAACGGACUAAGUCCCAGCCACCGUCCGGCGAACAACAGCAGUAGCAGCAGCAGCAGUACAGCCACCGCGGCCAAUCCCCUCAAGCUCAACACGAGUGGUGCGGCGGAUAACAAUAGUACCAUUACCAACGCCACCACGACUGCAGGGGCUGGUGCUGGUGCAGCUGGUGGCACCACCAACGGUGGCGGCGAAUUCUGGUCAGAGAAUCCGCCCAGCAGCGCCUCGUCCGGGUUCAGCGACGACGACAGUCUGGCCGGACAGGAGGGUGAUCCCAAGCCCAUCGACCAGAUUGUGCAGAUGGUGAAGCAGCGCGGACGACAUGGGCUGAUUAAGGAGUACGCGGACAUUCGGAAUAGGGCCCCCGAGGGCACCUUCCUGCAUGCGAGGAUGCGUGCCAAUUUGACCAAGAAUCGCUAUACAGACGUCCUCUGCUACGAUCACAGUCGAGUGGUGCUGGCACACGAAGACGGCGACGAGCCGUCAGAUUACAUAAAUGCGAAUUUUGUCGAUGGCUACAAACAGAAGAAUGCCUAUAUUUCAACUCAAGGUCCAUUACCAAAGACAUCCCAGGACUUUUGGCGCAUGAUCUGGGAGCAACAUUGUUUAGUUAUAGUAAUGACAACGCGCGUGAUGGAGCGCGGACGCGUGAAAUGCGGCCAAUACUGGGAGCCGACUGAAGAAAGUUCCUUAGAGUUUGGCGACUACCAUGUGCGAACAAUUAGCGUUGAGUGCAACGAGGACUAUAUGGUUGCCUCGUUGGAAUUGAGAAACAUAAAGACUGACGAAAUUCGCAAUGUCUCGCAUUGGCAGUUCACCAGCUGGCCAGACUACGGCGUUCCCAGUUCGGCCAUGGCCAUGCUGAACUUCCUGCAGAAGGUGCGCGAAAAGCAGGCGCAGCUCGUCGCCGGACUGGGCGACACCUGGGCGGGUCAUGCCCGCGGACCGCCCAUUGUGGUGCACUGCAGUGCUGGCAUUGGACGCACAGGUACAUUCAUCACCCUGGACAUUUGCAUAUCGCGCCUGGAGGACGUGGGCACGGCGGACAUACGCGGCACCGUUGAGAAGAUCCGGUCACAGCGCGCCUACUCCAUCCAGAUGCCCGAUCAGUAUGUGUUCUGUCACCUGGCCCUCAUCGAAUACGCUUAUUCGCGUGGAAUGCUGCAGACCGUCGAUCUGGCCGGCUUCGAUGAACGCGAACAGGACUCGGAGUAGACUUUCAUAGUUAGUCCUGAGACGGAAAAAAGGGACGAGAAAACAACUUGUAUACAGAAUAAUUUUAUGUUUUACCAUUUGCAAAUUGGAGUUGUAACCAUUUUUGACUAGAUGUUCGUCCUGAUAUAAUAUAAUAUGAUGAUAUAUGGAUGCGAGAGAAGCGAUAGGAAGCACAGAUAGAUUCCGCGACACGGACGAUGCGAGAGAUGGGAGUGUAGAGAGUAGAGUAACCAAUUUACGUUAAUCUAUUAUUUUUUUUUUAAAUAUUAUUACAUACCAAGCUAUAGUUGUAUAGCAAAACAUCUUAUAUAUAAACAUUAUUUAAAUUAAAUUUAAACUAAAUGAAAAACAAAUAGCUAAAAAUAAAGAAGAAACAAAAACAAAAACAAAAACAAAAAAACAACAAAACCAGCAGCAUUAGCAAACUAGCAAGACAAGCUGACAAGCAAAAACAAUGCAAAUUGACAGCGAAGAGUGUUUAACCAUGACAAAGUUAAAGUUAACUAACUAUAGUCCGAUGGAUAACGGAGUACGGAGUACAACGAAGGAACAUUGGGAUGAGGACGAGCGGUACUGGCGCUACUGGUUGGUCGGUCACUCAAGGCAAGCAAACCAAACAAACCGUCCGGCGGUGAGUCAAAAGGUCGAAAGCGGACCCCAAGCCCCGAAGCCCGUGGAGCGGACAAAUAUUAUGCAUUUCCCCCCACUCAACCGAGUUAAUCAGCUGCGAUCGUAAUCCUAAAAGCUACUAAGCAACUGAAGACGAAGCAGCAUCAGCGGCGCAGCAGCCAACUAGUUACAUAAAACUUAUAUAGCAUAUGCCUAGAUCUACGAACCGCAUAUAUAUGAAUAUGUAUAACGAAUAUAUAUAUAUAUAUAUAUAUAUACCAGAAGAAAUCAGAUUUAAGCACUGUUCAAUGUUGUUGCAUACGAAAAUAGCCCAAAGGAAGAGAGUCCUCUUCGCCAGCCUGCCCUCCUGGCCGCAUCUAAUCCAGAUGUGAUCCAAACUGAUACCCGAAAACCCCCACCCCCGAAACUCUCUUCGCCUCCAAGCUGUUAAAUGUGUAUUUUAUUCUGUUGUUGUUUUUUUUUUUUACCAAUUUUUUUCUAAUUCUUUACAAAUAUUUAUAUAUAUAUAGAGCGAAAUUAAAUGUAUCGUGCAGAGAAUCGUGUGUAGUAGUGAAUUUUACUAAAAAUUAUUUUACCAACUAAACGUAAAUAGUUGAAAGCGCAGAAAGCAAGUAUUAAAAUGGGAAAAACAAAAAAAAACACAUUAGAUAUCUAACAUGCCUUCUUUCCUACAUUUUUCAUAUGCCAAGCGAAUCUUAAACAAAAUAAUCGUAAUGAAAAAAAAACAAAAAUAAAUGAAGGAAAACCAAAACAUAUUUUGUAUUACUUUUUUAAAAUAACAAAAAGAUCUACAUAUAUGAAAUUAUGAAUCUGAAUCAAGUCAAGAAUGGCAGCUUUCUCGAACCGAAGUUUAACUGAAUAGAAACAAAAAAACAAAAAAAAAGCGAAAUAGAAAUAUUAAUUGUAAUUAUGUGUAUGUAAUGUCGGACAGAAUGCAUUUUCUUCGUGCAUCCCUGCGAAAGUAUUAUAAAUAUUUACAUAUAUAAUGAAAUUAAGUGCAUAUAUACUGCAUACUGCGACCCAAAUCUGCAAGAAAGAUGAAUACAUGCGAUGUUUUUUUUUUUUUUCAUUGUCUCCUCAUGUAUGCAUGUAAAUAUCUACGAAAUAUAUAUUGUAUUUUUGGUGCAAAUUCAAAAGUUGUGCUCCAAAUACACACAAACAACACUCACACACACACACACACACACACUCUACCACUCACACGUAUGUAUAUCAUUAGAAUUGUAAAAGCUGUGAUCAAACCCGAAUGAAAGAUGCAAGUCGAAAUUGGAGCCACAGGAUGCUCCGCAAGCACAGCCAGUCAGACAGACAGAUUGAAGUCAUACUCUACAAUAAUAUUUAAUCGCAAAACAGAACCAUUUUCAAUUCUUUCAAUGGCCUUUUCCGAGAGAAACAAAGAAACAAGAAACCUAAACAGAUUGCAUAAUGAAUACUCAACUCCCCAGAUUAAUGGAUGCUCUAUUUUUAUAAUGCUUAACACAGAAAGAGAGAUCAUAACUGCAUAUAAUCCAAAACCAAAACGAGGAAGCAAAAAUGAUACCACGAUGAUGAUGAUAACUAUAAAUAAUAUUUUUUGUAGGCUCCUGGCUCGGAGUGGAGGAAAGAAUUUAUUUAAUAUAUAUAUAUAUAUAUAUAUAUCUAUGUAUUAACACAUGUAUGAAAAUUAGCAAAAUUUCUUCAAGUGUAUUUGUAAAACUUAGCUAGAGUCACAAGCCUUUGUUUUCCGUUCAAACAAUGUGUAAAGAAUAUAACUUAGUACGAGUACUCAAAAUGUUGCGUGUGUCACGUUGCUUUCAGAAAGCUUUGCUGCGCACACAAUAUGCACCGUAAAAUCGAAUGAAAAUUCAGUCACCAGAUCGAUCGAUCGAUCCCAGCCCACCCUUUAACCAAAUCUUGACUAGAGAUCUAUCCAUUAGCCGCUAUUUCCCGCAUAUUAAAUACUCGCAUUUGUCGCACUUGGAUUAAUAUUACCCACAUACCCACUAACCAACCGGAAGACACCUCUCCACUAAUCCAGUUAUCGAGUAAUCCAGUAAUCCAGUGAACCAUUUACCCAGCUCAAAACCACCACAGGGAGAGACACUGUACAUACCACGCGGCAGGACGCGCGUUCGGCGAGAUCCAUACCCAAAACCAGGUAGAUCUUAGCCUAGAGAAAUGGUCGCAUAAUAUUUAAGGGGCAUUAAGUAUAUGUUAUCAUUUCAUGAAGACAAACAAGAAACCAAAAUACAACUUGAUGUAAAAGCAAAAUGCAUUUUGCAGUUAAAAAAACAAAUAAAAGUAACAAAAGAAAAUUGUGGAUAAAAUAUA